UAACUGCAGGUACCGCGGUGCUCCCUCCUACAGAAACAACAUCAGUCCGGAAAACUAAGAACUACUAACACCUGGUUUGAUGGAAGACUUUUAGCCCUUAUCAGCCUCGGAUAUUCAUGUAUGGACUGACAGCGAACUCACUGUAAGGAGGAAUAAAGCUGACCGGUGGAGAUGGCGUUAUGGAUCCAGGCUCAGCAGUUAAAGGGGGAUGCACUGCACCAAAUGCAGGCUCUGUAUGGCCAACAUUUCCCCAUAGAGGUGCGACACUACCUGGCACAGUGGAUCGAGUCUCAGCCAUGGGAUGCGAUAGACGUGGAGAAACAGCAGGAGGAGUUUAAAGCCAAGCGUUUGUUGGAAAGCCUGAUUCAGGAACUGCAAAGAAAGGCUGAACACCAGAUGGGUGAAGAUGGCUUCUUGUUGAAAAUAAAACUAGGCCAUUAUGCGUCACAGUUAAAGAGUGCGUAUGACCCUUGUCCAAUGGAGCUUGUGCGCUGCAUCAAACACAUCCUCUACACGGAGCAAAGGCUGGUACAAGAGGCAUCAAACGUGAGCAGUCCGGGGGUUGGACUGACAGAUGGCACGCCUCAGAAAUACCAGCAAAUUAACCAAGCAUUCGAGGAGCUGAGAGUGAUGACGCAGGACACAGAGAAUGACCUGAGAAAGCUGCAACACAGCCAGGAAUACUUCAUUAUUCAAUAUCAGGAAAGCCUGAGAAUACAGGCUCAGCUGAGUAGUUUGGCGAGUUUGCCACCAGCAGAAAGAGUGCAGAGAGAGACGAGCCUGCAAAGUCGGAAAGCUACCCUAGAGGCAUGGCUAACACGAGAGGCCAACACACUGCAGAAGUACAGACAGGACCUAGCAGAGAAACAGCAGAGGACACUGGCAUUGUUGAGGAAACAGCAGACGGUGAUCGUGGAUGAUGAACUGAUUCAGUGGAAGAGACGGCAGCAGCUAGCUGGAAAUGGAGGACCUGCAGAAGGGUCGCUAGACAUUCUUCAGUCCUGGUGUGAGAAGUUGGCGGAUAUGAUCUGGCAGAACAGGCAGCAGAUUCGGCGGGUUGAACAUCUAACUCAGCAGCUGCCCAUUCCAGGCCCCACAGAAGAGCUGCUCAAAGAGCUGAACAGCACAGUCACUGAUGUCAUAUCUGCUCUAGUCACCAGCACGUUCAUUAUAGAAAAGCAGCCUCCACAGGUGUUGAAGACACAGACCAAGUUUGCAGCAACAGUACGUUUGUUGGUGGGAGGGAAACUGAACGUCCACAUGAACCCGCCACAGGUGAAGGCUACCAUCAUCAAUGAGCAACAAGCCAAAGCUCUGCUGAAGAAUGAGAACACCCGGAAUGACAGCAGUGGAGAGAUCCUCAACAAUAACUGUGUGAUGGAGUACCACCAAACCACAGGCACCCUUAGUGCACACUUCAGAAACAUGUCUUUGAAGCGCAUAAAGCGGUCGGACAGGCGUGGCGCUGAAUCGGUGACUGAGGAGAAGUUUACGGUUCUAUUUGAGUCUCAGUUCAGUGUGGGAGGAAAUGAGCUAAUGUUUCAUGUUAAGACGUUAUCUCUGCCUGUUGUGGUCAUCGUCCAUGGAAGUCAGGACAACAAUGCCACGGCGACAGUCCUGUGGGACAAUGCUUUUUCAGAACCGGGUCGGGUCCCCUUCGUUGUUCCGGAUAAGGUCACAUGGCCGCAGCUGUGUGAAGCUCUGAAUAUGAAAUAUAAAUCGGAAGUGCAGAGUGACCGUGGUCUUUCUGAGGAGAAUUUGGUUUUCCUCGCCCAAAAAGCCUUCAGCAGCUCCAGCAACAACCCUGAGGAUUACCGAAACAUGACCAUGACCUGGUCCCAGUUCAACCGGGAGAGUUUACCGGGUAGGAACUUUACCUUCUGGCAGUGGUUUGACGGAGUCAUAGAACUCAUGAAGAAACAUCUCAAGGCUCACUGGAAUGACGGGGCGAUCCUGGGUUUUCUUAACAAGCAGCAGGCUCAGGACAUGCUGUUAUCCAAACCUAAUGGCACAUUCCUACUGCGCUUCAGUGACUCUGAGAUUGGAGGAAUCACCAUCGCAUGGGUGGCUGAGAACCCCAACAAAGCAGGAGAAAGAAUGGUAUGGAAUCUGAUGCCUUUCACAACUAAAGACUUCUCCAUUCGCUCUCUGGCUGACCGCAUCAGUGACCUGAACCACCUGCUCUUCCUUUAUCCAAACCAGCCUAAAGAUGAGGUUUUCUCUCGUUACUGCACCCCUCCAAACUCGAAAGCUGUAGGUGAUGGCUACGUCAAACCGGAGAUCAAGCAAGUGGUGAAAGUUGAGUUUUCUCCACCAAAUUCUGAGCAGCCUGGUGGGAAUUCCAACUUCAUGGACCACAGCGCUUCACCGAACGUCAAUCAACAAAACAACUUUGCGAUCUACGCUCCCAUGAGUGACCCUAUGUUGGAUGCCGAAGGAGAGUUUGAUUUGGAGGAAACAAUGGACAUGGCCAGGCAGGUGGAAGAGUUCCUCCGCCAGCCGUCUGAACCCCAGUGGAGUGGACAGCAGUCGUGACCUUAGACCUGGACGUCCCAUGACCUCUCAGCCCAACUACAGAGAACACGUCAAUGGGUUCCAUUCCAUUUAGCUUUUUUCAGUGUUUUAACAAAUGUGAAAGUUUUGAGAUGCUCAUUAACGUUUAAAAUGACUCUGCAAUGUAAUCGUAACUGCCUCUGCUUUUUGCAUGACAAUUAUCUGCAUCAUUUUCCUUCGCUAGCCUGACAGACCAGGGAAGGUGGAAAGGUAGACGAAUUACAAGUCUGUUGAUGUUAUUAUCAAAUCGUCACUUAAGCAGCACUUAAAGCAAUGUUGUACCAUGUUUCAGGCCAAAACUCUAUAGCAUCAGUACCUUAACUGAUGGUAUUUGUAGUAGUUAAAAGUUCACCUUUUUGGAAAUUACCUCGGAAUGUCUGGCAGAGCUGUUUGUUUUUCUAGUUUUUUCUUUUAGGUCAGAUGAUUACCAGACAUGCAACCUCCUGUAAGUUAUCAGUGUGGAAAAAAAAAUGAUUAGCUUUUAAAAGAAUCAAGAAGCAGUUCACAUUGAUAUUUAAUUUGUUUGGUAAAAUCAAUUCACCUGAACAGCUGAUGGGUACAUUAGGGCUUUGAUUUGAAACAAUAUAUUGUUGCUUUCAAAUUAUCUCGACAUUUUGUUGGUUCUGUUUUAGCAGCAGAAAUCUGUUGUAUUUAGUUGUCGAUGCCAUUAGUUUACAACAUUUCUUGUAUGAAAACCAGGCCAUAUGCACCACACUAUGCAACACUUUAAUAUUUCCAACUGCUGUUGGAUAUUCCUAUAAAACUCUGAGAAUGUGACAAAUCAAAUUAAAAAGGGAGUUUUUUUUGUUUUGAAAGUUGCUCUAGAAUAAAAUCAAAUUUAUAAAAUUAUCCACUUAUUCCACGUUUAGUUGAUCAGCCAAGAUGUUUACUUGUGUGUUUGCAUUGGAGCUACUAGGCAACAGUAGCUAACAGUUAAUGGAAGCUUAUACCUCAAACUGCAAGUCGUGACCUUGAAACGGCGACCUCAAGGCGUGUUGUUGUUAAAGGGGCACGCCACUCUAAAUUUCGGACUUAACAUAUUAUUUGUUGUUUUGUAGUUUUCUGUAUCCCUCUAUCUCUUUGGCUUGACAGAAGAUGAUUGUGUUUCUUUAGUGUUUUCUCACUACAAUACCCAGCAUGCAUUGUGUAAUUACAUCAUACAGCCGUUGCGAAUCCACUGCAGAAGUACGGAUGUGAUAUUCGUCUUCCUAGCUGUACCAUUAACUGUCGUGCUAAAUCAUUUCAAACAGCCCAUCAUGUAUUUGCCCCAAGGUGCUUGUAGUUUUUCAGAAGUUCCUCCCACCUUCAUGAUGCAUCAUCAGUUCUGAAACCACAGAAACUCUAGAGAACAUAGUGACACCUUUGUAGAAGGCAAGUAGGCAUGUGUACAAGAGAUGCUGUGGUAGCAGUUUAUUUUAUUUUAGACAAAUUAUCCCUUUCAGUAAGCACAAGUAGAUUUGCAUAUGUAGUUUCCGAUAUUGUGUGACUGUGUGACAUACUGUUUGGUAAGAAUGAACAGAAGUACAGACGAAACUUGCUUCUGCUGUUGCAGAUUACUGCUACUGUUUUAGUUAGAUGAUGUGCCAGCUGUGGCGUAUAAGCUUGUAUUAUGCAUUUACUACAUUAGGCUUGUAGCUCCAGUUCAAAACUAAAGAAGCAAACUUUAGACACCAAACAUUUUUGGCUGAUUGAAUAGACUUGGUGUAAGAGGGGAAAAAAUGUUAAGUAGAUUUUUUUUUUUUAAAUAUUUUUUUUUUUUUUUUUUUUUUUUUGCAUAUCACCUCAAUUACAUUGUAAUGGUAUAAUUUCAUGCUAGCUAUAACAUACUUCAUCUCAAAGCGAUCUAUUCGUCUUGCUCAAAACUCUCAUAGCCUAGACAAAAACCUUUUUAAAAGGUCUGGCUGAAAUCAUAAUCCUGGCCCAAUCUACCAGUUUAAAUCUUGAAUUUGAGAUCCAGCGACCUGUCUAGUUUACUCCAGAGUAAUUUGACCAAGCGACAAAAAAGUAACACCAUUGCUCUUACUUUCCCACUCCCUUUCUCUUUCUUUUUGCCUUUCCUCCUGUGCCUUAAGACAGCUUAGGUUCGUCAUAUGUUACAAAUACCAAAGUCAAGGCUUGAUGUCCAACAGAUUAAAGCCCAAGCCUUUAUUAGGAUGAUUCCUUAAACCAGCUCUUUUCCUGAAGCACAUCGCCCAUGAGCAGGGAUCCUAGAUCCUCACUACCUCCGAUCACGAGUCCAAUGUGAUCCGUGUUCGGCCCAACUGAUCUAUCAUUCUGCCAAUAUUAAGGGAGCAUGUUAUCAGAUAUUUGAUUAAGUGAAUAUAACACCAGCAUUUAGAGGCAAAUUAAGAGACUUGCUAGUGUGUGGAGAAUUAUAGUUGUUUCAUAUCCUCACAUUAAAACUUAGAGACUUAUAAACUGACAAUAACUAAUUGCUCACCUUUGCUGCAGCAGUAAUGACUUGACUAAAAGAAUUUUGCAGUGGAAAUUCUCCAUUGACAUCACUGCAUUCAUGACUAGCAGGGGUGUAAAUCACUAACCUUGAAAAGACUUGAUUCUAGAUUAUUUAGGACUUUAUUCAGUGCCUCUCUCUCUCUCUCUCUCUCUCUCUCUCUCUCUCUCUCUCUCUCUCUCUCUCUCUCUCUCUCUCUCUGUCUGUCUGUCUGUCUGUCUGUCUGU